AAUCUAGCUGCCUCGCAGCAGGGAGGAAGAGCAGGGUGUGUGGCUGGGUGGGUGGGCGCGUGGGCAUGUGCAGGGGGGAGGGCGUGUGUGCAAGGGAAGCAGGCAUGUGAAUGCCCGAGCAUGUGUGUUGGGGCAUGGUGCACACGGAUUGGGGGCUCUAGGUUGAGUGGGGGAAGGAGUCCUGGGAAACAGAGUGUGCCUUUGUGAGGGUGUGUGUGUGCCGCCGGGUCUGUGUGCAGUGGGUGUGGGUGUUUGUCUCCCUGUAUCCGCCUUCUCUCCCAUCCUGGACUUUUAGCCUUCCUGGGCUCGCCUUCCUCAUGUCCUGCCUCUUUCCUCUCCGGGCUCGAAUUGGGUGCCCUGGUGGAGGAGGGGGACAUGCUCCAGGACCUAGUCCAACCCCAGACGCUGCCUGAGGCUUCCCUCCAGCUCCCCCUCCCUUCCUUCUCUCCCUUUCCUCCCUCCCUCUCUUUCCCUUUCUCCCUCCCCCCCCAGGCUGGCGUGCCAGGGGGUGGGACAUGCCAAUCACUGGCUGUGCCUCUCCCGCUGCCAGCACAGGGCGCAGCUCCCCCCCGGGAGCCAGGUGUUUGGGUCCCCGGAGACGCCGCCGGCCCCUGGGGAGGCAGUGGGGCUGAGGACCCCACAGACCCCUCUCCAGCCCUAUGGUGAUGACCUUCCUCUGAGGAAACCCUGUAGCCUGACUGGAGGAAAGGGCUCCCCUGCCCCAGCUCCACCUGCCACCAUGAACACCUCAGCCCCACCCGCCGUCAGCCCCAACAUCACCGUCCUGGCACCGGGAAAGGGUCCCUGGCAAGUGGCCUUCAUUGGGAUCACCACAGGCCUCCUGUCACUGGCCACAGUGACAGGCAAUCUGUUGGUACUCAUCUCCUUCAAGGUCAACACGGAGCUCAAGACAGUCAAUAACUACUUCCUGCUGAGCUUGGCCUGCGCAGACCUCAUCAUUGGCACCUUUUCCAUGAACCUCUACACCACGUACCUGCUCAUGGGCCACUGGGCUCUGGGCACGCUGGCUUGUGACCUCUGGCUGGCCCUGGACUAUGUGGCCAGCAACGCCUCUGUCAUGAAUCUGCUGCUCAUCAGCUUUGACCGAUACUUCUCUGUGACCCGACCCCUGAGCUACCGCGCCAAGCGCACACCCCGCAGGGCAGCUCUGAUGAUCGGCCUGGCCUGGCUGGUUUCCUUUGUCCUCUGGGCCCCAGCCAUCCUCUUCUGGCAGUACCUGGUAGGGGAGCGGACAGUGCUGGCCGGGGAGUGCUACAUCCAGUUCCUCUCCCAGCCCAUCAUCACCUUUGGCACGGCCAUGGCCGCCUUCUACCUCCCUGUCACGGUCAUGUGCACACUCUACUGGCGCAUCUACCGGGAGACGGAGAACCGGGCACGGGAGCUAGCGGCCCUUCAGGGCUCCGAGACACCUGGCAAAGGGGGUGGCAGCAGCAGCAGCUCGGAGAGGUCCCAGCCAGGGGCUGAGGGCUCACAAGAGACUCCUCCAGGCCGCUGCUGCCACUGCUGCCGAGCCCCCAGGCUGCUGCAGGCCUACAGCUGGAAGGAAGAGGAAGAAGAGGAUGAAGGUUCCAUGGAGUCCCUCACGUCCUCGGAGGGUGAGGAGCCCGGCUCCGAAGUGGUGAUCAAGAUGCCCAUGGUGGACCCCGAGGUGCAGGCUCCUGCCAAGCAGCCCCCCAGGAGCUCCCCAAAUACAGUCAAGAGGCCGACCAGGAAGGGGCGUGAUGGAGCUGGCAAGAGCCAGAAGCCCCGCGGGAAGGAGCAGCUGGCCAAGCGGAAGACCUUCUCGCUGGUCAAGGAGAAGAAGGCGGCUCGGACCCUGAGUGCCAUCCUGCUGGCCUUCAUCCUCACCUGGACGCCGUACAACAUCAUGGUGCUGGUGUCCACCUUCUGCAAGGACUGUGUUCCCGAGACCCUGUGGGAACUGGGCUACUGGCUGUGCUACGUCAACAGCACCAUCAACCCCAUGUGCUACGCACUCUGCAACAAAGCCUUCCGGGACACCUUCCGCCUGCUGCUGCUCUGCCGCUGGGACAAGAGACGCUGGCGCAAGAUCCCCAAGCGCCCUGGCUCCGUGCACCGCACCCCCUCCCGCCAGUGCUGAUGGCCCCCUGCCCUGCAUCCCUCCACCCCAGUCGCCGGGAGAGGCAGGUGGGAAGCGGGCAGGGGCUGCAUCCUCAGCCCCAGGGCCCUGCUCAGGCCUCACCGGCUUCCCAGGCCCCAGGGUCACCUUCCUGGGCAGCCCAGAGAGACCCUGCCAACUUUCCAAACCUUGCCAUUCCCAGGCAGGAAGCGAAACCCGGGGAACUGGUUUUUCUGAACCCCGCUGGGUGGGAAUGGGCUCUUCACCAGAAAGAAGUCCCGAGAGGCGGAUCCGGGCUUUGGACUCCUUGUUUGCCUUUAGGCAGGAAGUCAGGAGCCAGCAAGGCCGGCCAGGAGAAAGAAGGCUUAACCUGACAGUCUUCCCAGGCCCCGGGGCUCCCCGAUUGUCGUGUGAGGUGGCGCCCCCUGCAGGCUGCAGCCUGGAACUGACACCGACCCCUGAGAGGAAAACUUGGCUAUAGGGAGCCGGGGAUCCCUAGUUGGGGAUCUCCUCCCACCAUAGGCAGAGCCCGCCCAGCUGGGCCCUAGUCUCACUCUGCAGGAUCUCCUAGCCUCCUUGCAAAUGUCCCCAGAGCAUCCCUAUGUGGGUCGCCUCCAAGGCACUUCUCCAAGCAUCAGCAGGAUGAUGACACCAGAGGGGUCCAGUCUGGCUAGUCACACGUCAAGUCCCAAAGCAGCAGCAGGACCAGGUGCCAAUGUCAUUUCCCGGGGAGUGGGGGGGCAGGGGUGCCUGCUAUCCAGUCCCACACCCACACCCCUGCCCCGGAGAAACCUCAGUCCCUAACCUCCUGGCUCACAGCCACCACCUGGAUGGAUCUGCUCUGUGCAGAUCUAGCCAGGCCUCCCGCAUGCUGCCUGCCUCCAGCCCUGCCCCACACAGGCCUGGCCCAGCCAGCAGGUUCUGUCCUGUGAGCUCCCCAAUAUGACCCAUGCAUGGCCUCCCAGCCACCCUGAUCUCCAGGCCCAGCCUGGCCCCAAGUGUUCUCUCCUUCCAUCCUCAGCAAGUGCUGAGUCUGUGAAUAAAGCCACAUAACCAGCGGGCACUAA